CGCGCGCCCUCCGUCCCUGUCGCCUUCGCCCAGUUGCUUUGGUUGAGGCGUUCAACUGCCACUUGUCUCGAAUGAUUUCAUCUUGCAAUGAAUGAAAACUGUUGUAGAUAGUCGGUGUGCAAAUAAUUUAUACUAUAAACUUAUCGCCGGAACUAAUUAGAAGUGAGAACCGUGUGUUGGAAAGGUUGAUCCGUGGUGGCAGUGUUUUUACCAGUUCUCCCUUUUUGUGUGACCAUACAGUGUUUACUUGCUGGAAACAAUAACUAUUGUGAGGAGUCGAGCUCCUCGGCUUUACAAUUCAUCGUUUGAUGGGAUCUUGUUGAUCAACAGGUAACAUCAGACGUUUCAGAUCACACUGUACUUUUCCGAAGUAAUCUAUUUCAGGUGUUGACGGACGCGGCACAAUGCCCGAGGGCGUGGCCAAAGAGGCCGAGAAGCCCAAGGAGGAGAGGAAACACAAGGAAUCUGACAAGAAGAGACAUGAGGGCAACACUCAGGUCAAGGUCGAGCUGCUGGAUGGAUCGAUUUUGGAUCUCGCUGUCGAUAAAAAAAUCCGCGGCGCGGAGCUCCUAGACACAGUGUGCGACAAACUGAACUUGGUGGAGAAGGAUUACUUCGGUCUGCUUUACGAGGACCGCGGCGACCCCCGCCUCUGGCUCGACCUGGACAAGCGCGUCUCCAAGCUGCUCAAGCGUAAGCGCGAACCAUGGCAGCUGAAGUUUGCAGUCAAGUUCUACCCGCCAGAGCCGGCGCAGCUUCAAGAGGAACUCACUCGGUACCAAUUAGUGUUGGCUGUGCGAAGGGAUUUACUUGAAGGUCGUCUACCAUGUUCAGCGGUGACCCACGCGUUACUCGCCAGCUACCUCCUGCAGUCUGAGCUCGGGGACUUCGAGGAGUCGCAAGCUGAUUCGGAACAUUGCAAGCAGUUGAAACUUGUGCCCGCUUCUGCUUGCACGCCGGAGCUGGAGGGCAAAUUGAUUGAGCUGCAUAAAACUCACAGAGGCCAAACGCCGGCAGAAGCGGAAUUGAAUUAUUUAGAAAACGCGAAGAAAUUGGCCAUGUAUGGUGUGGACCUGCAUCCGGCGAAAGACUCGGAAAAUGUGGAUAUAACACUAGGAGUUUGCUCUUCUGGACUCCUUGUUCAUAGGGACAAACUACGCAUAAACCGCUUCGCGUGGCCGAAGAUCCUCAAGAUCAGCUACAAGCGACACAACUUCUACGUGAAGCUGCGACCUGGAGAAUUCGAACAGUUCGAGUCCACGGUCGGCUUCAAGUUGGCCAACCACCGCGCUGCUAAGAAGCUAUGGAAAACUUGCGUUGAACAUCACACGUUCUUUAGACUGACGAGCCCGGAGCCAGCGAAGGGCAGCAGUCUGUUCCCGCGUCUGGGCUCCCGCUUCCGCUACAGCGGCCGCACGCACUACGAGUCCCGCGCCGCGCCCGUCGCCCGCGCGCCGCCGCACUUUACCCGCACCCUGUCGCACAGGCAGCUGUCUUCCAGGUCUAUGGACGCUCUUGCUGAGAAGGAUGACGCAAUGCCCCCAGAAGCGGCUAAGAGGCACACCAUGCCGCCCCAACCUGCGCCCAGGCCCGGCAUCAAAGAUAAGCUGCGCCGUCGCUCCGGCGGCACGUUCAGCGCGUCGUCCGCGAGUUCGCUCGAGGGCGAGUACUUGCCCGGCCUGCCCGGAGACAAGAAACCUCCGCCGGGGGCAGUGAAAGUGAUGCCAACAGCUCCGGAGAAGAAGGAGAAAGAGGAGAAGAAGGUAGCAGUAGCAGAACAGAAGAAGCCGGCAGAAAACGGAACGGACACAUCCAGCGACCCUGGUAUCACAAACAACGUCGACACCACUCCAAAAAAAUCCAAGGGAGGUUUCGGGUUAUUCGGUGGCAAGAAAGAGAAGUCGCCGAAAGAAGACAAAUCUCCAAAAGAAAAGUCGCCUAAAGCAAGAAGUAAAUCACCGAAAGAAAAAGAAAAGAAGGUCAAAGACCCUAAAGCGAAAGCUGUGCUUGAUACGUCCAAUGAAAGUUCUAACCUUGACACUUCUGGAGAAAAGAGUCCUGUCAAAGAACAGGAAAAACCUGGGUUCACUAAACCUUACGAAUACAUUGAUACAGAAAAGAGUCCAACUCGUUCUAAGCCGUAUAUCCAAGGAGCAUUUAGCUACGAAAAAGAACCUAUCAAUGAAGAAAGACAACGAGAACUUAAUGAGUCACAAAGCCCUGCUACUAAAAAGGCAGGUCUUGCCUUUAAUUAUGCGCCAGGAGAAGAGAAGAAAGUCGCAGAAAGUGCUGAAAAACGCAAAACACCUGAUGAUCCGAGCAAGCUUAAAACUCCAGGCAUUGAUUACGUACAAUCAGCAGCGCUUAAAGAACAAGCUAAAGCGAAUCUCGUUGAUCCUACUUUAGCAUUAUUAGAUGCUGAAAGAGCCCACCACGAGGCCCCUGUGAAAGCAGCCGUUGCUGUACCCGUGGCAGCCAAACCGGAGAAUGAAAUACAAAUUGUUAUCAUCACUGGCAAAUAUAACUCUAAAAAUAAGAAACUCGAUGACGCCAACGGAACUAUUCUCAUCACAAAAGGAACGUUGAAUAAAGCUAAUGGUAAAAUUCAGACCGAAAAAGAAUUAAUAAAUACCAAAUCUGGGCAAAUCAGUUACACAGAUCCCGCUACUAGUAAACAAGAAGUUAAAAAUGGACACGUUGAUUCGAAAACUGGACACAUAUUGUUUACGUCCGGUGUCGUCGAUCCCAAGACAGGCAAAAUUGAUCCAACAUUAGCUCAACAGUAUUGUUUCGUUGAGAAAUCGGCAGAUAAAGUUGGUGCUAAACCUGGUAGAGAAGUCGAUCUUGUCGUUAUUACUGGUAAAUAUGAUGGAAAACAUAAGAAAUUAGACGCAUCACAUGGGUAUAUCGAAGUUUCUAGGGCUGUAGUAGGCCCAAAUGGUGUAGUCAGUUCAAAUUAUGGUCCUAUUGAUACCAGAACAGGGAAGAUUGAUUACACAGAUCCCAAAACGGGUAAACUUGAUCCUAAACAAGCCUAUGUCGAUAAUAAAACUGGCAAUCUUACAGUUACGACUGGAGUUACUGACCCCAAAUCAGGAAAAGUUGAUUCAUCUUUAGCACAGCAGUUUAGCAUUGUUGAAAAAGACGCUACGAAGGCAAAUCGAGAAGUAAGAUUAGUCGUAGUUACAAGCAAAUAUGACUUGAAAUCUAAAAAGUUAGAUCCAUCAUUUGCUCAUGUGGAUGCCGUCAAAGGAGUGCUCAGUGGCAGUGAUGGCAAAAUCUAUUCAGAAUACGGAGUUAUUGAUCCGAGAACAGGAGAAAUUGUGGUCACAGAUCCAAAUACAGGAAAACAAGAAGUUAAAAGCGCACAGGUUGACCCUAAAACUGGAAAUAUAUUACUACUUUCUGGAGUAAUUGAUCCGAGAACUGGCAAAUUGGAUACCAAAUUAGCCCAACAAUACAGCAUUGUUGAUAAACCUACAGAUACUUUUGCUUCGUUACCAGGAAAGGAAGUUCAGUUGGUAGCUAUCACAGCUAAAUAUGAUUCAAAGAGUAAGAAAUUAGACAAUCCUAAUGGAUUUGUAGAAAUAUCUCGCGCAAUAAUCAGCGAUAAAGAUGGCUCUAUUCAUACAAACUUUGGAGUUCUAGACCCUAAAACAGACAAAAUCUAUUUCACAGAUACCAAGACAGGAAAGCGGGAUUCCAAGCAAGCUAUAGUGGAUCCGAAAUCAGGAAGUUAUAUUGUUACUUCUGGAGUCGUUGACCCCAAGACCGGUAAAGUUGAUUCUGGACUCGGUCAACAAUUGAGCAUUGUAGAUAGAGACGCUCCUAAAGGCAUUCCAGAAAGACUUGUCAAUUUAGUCAUUGUAACAUCUAAAUAUGACCCUAAGAGUAAAAAGUUGGACCUAUCUGAUGCUCAUGUAGAUUCUAUUUCUGGUAAAAUUGACGAUAAUGAUAAAAUAAUUACAGAGUUUGGUGUAAUUGACCCUAACACUGGCGAAAUCACAAAAGUCGAUCCUAUCACAGGCAAACAAGAAGUUAAAAAGGCAAUAUUUGAUUCCAAGACUGGGAAUUUCUUACUGACAUCUGGAGUAGUUGACCCACGGACUGGCCACGUAGACGCAAGCUUAGGGCAACAGUACACAAUCGUAGACAAGCCUAAAGAUAAAUUUGCGUUAAUACCUGGAAAGGAGGUACAGCUUGUCGUGAUUACAAGCAAGUAUGAUCCUAAGAACAGAAGAUUAGAUAAUCCGAACGGAGCCGUUGAGACGUCUCGUGGAAUCGUCGCUGGGGAUGGCAAAGUCCAUACUAAUUUCGGUAUUAUCGAUCCUAAAACUGGAAAGAUUGAGCUUGUUGACCCUAAAACAGGAAAACAAGAGAUAAAACAAGCUGUCGCAGAUCCUAAGACCGGUUAUUUGAUUAUUUCAUCGGGCGUCGUUGAUCCUCAUACAGGAAAAACGGAUUCUUCUCUUGGACAGCAAUUCACCAUUGUAGAUAAAGAUGCUCGGAGAAGCACUCCUGAAAGAUAUGUUAACUUAGUAAUUGUUACAUCUAAAUAUGACCCUAAAAGUAAGAAAUUAGAUACCGCUAAUGCACAUGUGGAUACUUUUCCUGGAAAAAUUGAACCUGAUAAUAAAGUGCGCACGGAAUUCGGUUUAGUUGAUCCACAUAGUGGCGAAAUUAUCGUGACAGACCCAGUUACUGGCAAACAAGAAGUUAAAAAGGCAUCUGUUGAUCCAAAGACAGGAAAUCUACUUUUGACUUCGGGUGUAGUUGAUCAGGCUACAAAACGUGUGGACACAUCACUUGCUCAACAAAUAAGUGUGGUGGAGAAGCUUAAAGACAAAUUCACGACGGUGCCAGGCAAAGAGGUGCAGUUAGUCGUAAUCACAAGCAAAUAUGACAGUAAAAAUAAACGACUUGACAACCCUAACGGCCAUGUUGAGACAUCUAAAGGUAUUAUUGCCUCUGACGGCAAAAUACAUACCAAUUACGGUACUAUCGAUCCUAAGACAGGAAAAAUUGAGUGCGUUGACCCUAAAACUGGCAAGCCAGAGGUCAAGCAAGCUAUAUCUGAUCCAAAAACAGGCAGUUUGCUAUUGACUUCUGGAGUCAUUGAUCCUAAAACUGGUAAAACCGAUUCAUCAUUAGCUCAACAGUUAACUGUAGUCGAAAAAGGUGCUCGGCCAAGCAUUCCCGAGAGAUGGGUUAACUUAGUAAUUGUUACAUCUAAAUAUGACCCUAAAACCAAGAAAUUCGAUCUUACUAAUGCGCAUGUCGAUACUAUCCCCGGAAAAGUUGGAAACGAUGAUAAUAUUGUCACUGACUUCGGCGCGAUUGAUCCUAAAAAUGGUACUAUAGUUAUCACAGAUCCUAUCACGGGCAAACAAGAAGUAAAGAAAGCUACUGUUGACCCCAAGACUGGAAAUUUGGUGCUUGCAUCAGGCGUAGUUGAUCCUCAUACAGGACAAGUUGAUCCUACAUUAGGGCAACAGAUAAGUGUUGUAGAGAAACCUGUAGAUACCUUCACACCAGUACAAGGCAAGGAAGUCCAAUUAGUUAUUAUCACAAGCAAAUAUGAUCCUAAAAACAAAAGAUUAGAAAACCCUAAUGGUGUAGUUGAAACUUCAAAUGGAGUUAUUGCUUCUGAUGGAAGAGUUCACACUAAUUUCGGUGUUAUAGAUCCGAAAUCUGGGAAAAUUGACCAGGUUGACCCGAAGACAGGGAAAGCUGAUACUAAAUACGCAUUCCCCGAUCCGAAGACUGGUCAUCUGAUUUUAAUAACCGGAGUAGUUGAUCCCAAGACUGGAAAGGUUGACCCUUCGCUAGCACAACAACUUAGUAUCGUUGAGAAGGAAUCAAAACCAUCUGACAGAGAAAUUCAUCUUGUGGUUAUAACAACCAGGUACGAUCCAAGAACAAUGAAACUUGAUAUGACUCAAAGUCACGUAGACAGUGUUCCUGGCACAUUAAGUGCCGAUGGAAAGAUUCGUUCAGCUAUUGGUGUAGUAGAUCCUGCGUCUGGAGAAAUCAUUGUAACAGACCCAAGGACAGGCAGACAAGAAAUUAAGAAAGCUAAACUUGAUCCAGCUACCGGUCAUUUGACUGUGAGCGGCCAAGUUGUUGAUCCGACCACAGGCAGAAUUGAUCCUAAUCUAGUACAACAAUACAGCAUUGUAAAUAAAGCUGUGGUUCCACAUAGCAAGCCGGUCUCUAAAGGAGAAAUCCGUUUAGUUAUUGUAACAAGCAGAUAUGAUCCUUACACCAAAACAGUUGACGCAGAAACUGGAACUAUCGAUGCCUCUAAAGGUUUCGUCAGCGCUGAAGACGGAAAGAUUCAUACCGAUUUCGGUAUUAUCGAUCCAAGAUCAGGCCAAAUUCUUUACAAAGACCCCGUCACUGGUAAACAAGAACUGAAACAAGCAGAUAUCGAUCCGAAAACGGGCAAUUUUGUCGUAACUUCGGGAAUAGUCGACCCUAAGACGGGCAAAGUAGAUCCUACAUUUGCUCAGCAGUUGUUAAUUGUUGAUAAGCAAAAUGUGUUGUCUAAAGUAGCACCAGUUUCCAGAGCUAGUGUAUCACCUGCAAGGCCGACCCCAUCACCAUUAAAAACUCCUACUCACACGCCAGUUCAAAGUCCUAUUCAGUCACCUGUGCGUACUUCAUCGCCAAUACAACAAGCUUCACCCAUAAGCUCAGUCCUUCAAAGAACUUCACCAGUCAAACCAACAACGGCUCCUCCACCAGUUCCACCAAAGAGGAAGAUUGUUAAAAUCAUGGUAAUAUUUACUAAAGUCGAUCCUAAAACUAAAAAACCAGACUUACACACUGCAGAAGUUGAACAUCUUACAGGAAUCCUCGAUCCGAAUGGUCUUAUUGAAACCAAAUAUGGUGUUAUUGACUCACGUAAGGGUCAUAUUGUGAUCAGUGAUCCAGCUGGUCAGAAACAGACAAAAGAAGGAGUUGUUUUAGCCGAAACUGGACAAAUCUUCAUUCCAUCGGGAGCGGUUGACCCGAAAACUGGAAAGAUUGAUAACAAUUUAGGCAUGAUUCUUAGCGUCGCUAAACAAGACGAUCCAGUUGUAGAAAUUACAACUAUUACUGGCCCUAUUAAUCCUAGAAGUGGACGAGUUAUAAUUGAGGAAGGUUCCAUUGAACAUACAAAAGGCAAAGUUGACGCUGACACUGGUCAUAUUUCAACAAAAUAUGGUGUUAUUGAUCCUUCAAACGGCGUAAUUUUCACGACGAAUACAUUAGGAACUCAAGAUACCAAGCCUGUCACUAUUGAUGAAAACAAUGGACAGAUAACUAUUGCAGGAGUGGUAGAUCCUAAGACUGGAAAAGUUGACCCUAAUCUUGGCCAAUGCAUAGUGGUUGGAACUCAUAUCGAUCCAGUAGUUGAGGUUACCACGUUUGUAGGCAAGGUUGAUAACAAGAAAGGUGUUAUAGAACCUAAGCAUUCAGUUAUUGAAAGCUCUACCGGACAAUUCAAUCCAGAAAACAAUAAAAUCGACACCAAAUACGGUCAAAUCGAUCUUGUCAAAGGAACUGUCACAUAUAACGACCCAAAGACAGGUAAAUUUGAGAGCAAGGAGCUCAAAGUCGAUCCAGUUACCGGACAAUUCUUACUCAGAAGUGGACAAGUCAACCCGAAAUCUGGUAAACCUGAUAAGGAUAUCGGAAGGAUGAUAUGUUUGAGAAUAAUCCAAAACAAAGUCGAUCCCGUAUCAGGCAAACAAAUUGUCUCUAAUGAUCCCAAGAAUGUUAAAGUUGACCCGAAGACAAACCAAAUUUGGAUAGCUGGACCCAAAGAUCCUCAAACUGGCGAAACACUCUACACUGCGGGGCAAGUUGACCCAGUCACUGGCUACAUCAUUACCAUUUACGGUCGUAUGGAUCCGAAAACUGGUACAAUCGUCAGGACAACAGACAUUGACAAAUCUCUCGUCAAAGUGGAUCCAAUCAAUGGCCAAAUAUACACAGCUACAGGUGAAGUUGAUGAAGAUAACCAACCAUUAUACUCUGCCUCCCAAGUCGAUCCUGGCACUGGUGAAAUUUACACUAAACUAGGAAAGAUCGAUCCUAAAACGGGUAGAUUAAUAAUAAUUAGAAUUUAUGUCAUCACGCAAAAAGACGACAAAGGUCGCGUCAAAGAAGUCGAUCCUAAGGAAUGUACGAUUGACGAAACUACAGGCAGAAUUAUUACAACUAAAACAGUAUAUCUAUACCAAAUUGUUGAUCCAAUAACUGGCGAAACCAUCGACGUAGACCCCGAUGAUCCAAGGCUCAAAGGCGCAAGAACUACAGUAACGCAAACUAUGACGUUAUCAGGCAAGAUUGACCCAGUAACAGGUAGGAUAAAAACAGAAUACGGUGACAUUGACCCCGACACAGGAGACAUAGACCCAAGCACAGCUGUCAGAGACCCUGUCACAGGACAAUUAAUAUUACAUUACUCUCAAAUAGAUCCUUCUCACUUCGAAGACAAGAGCGGCAAUUACACGAUAGAGAAAGAAACACAAGAUUUACCGGCAAAUAUCGAUAUCCAAACGGUGAAUACUCACAAAUUCUCAACUUUCGGUAAAGAUGAAAGUCCAGCGCGUGGCGAUGAGCCAAAAUCCUUCACAGAAUAUACAACGAGCGAACACAUAAGACAUCAGGGAUAUGUAUCCUCAACUCCUUUAUCCUCAAAGAUCCCGAUUUCGCAGCGAAGCAAAAAAACACCCACGCCGCCCGUAGUCGUGAAAACUACUACGAAGCAACUGCUCACGAAGAAUGAUGAAGGAGUCACGCACAAUGUCGAACAAGAGGUCGAAAAUCUCGGUACCGGAGAGGUUACCUUCUCAACGCACACAAAUAAGGCUGAAAGUCUUGACCCGAUGGAAGGGAAGAGCCCGUACGUUACUGCGAGAGCUGUCACCACGAGAACAGCUACUACACAUCAUGAUUUGGAUACGAAGGCGAAGACUCAACAAAUGGAAGAAAAAACCGUAGCCCACACGCUGACUUCAUCGGCAACAAGGCAAGAGCAAAGAGUUUUGACGCAAGAAGUCAAAACUAUGGUCACAACGGGAGAUCAGCUAACAAGACGGGGCUCAGAAAGUUCAGUCAGCAGCGGAGAUUCCGGCACACCGAUAGAUUUCGACGAAGGGGCAGGAGAAGGACACUAUUAUUUGACAGAUGAACCUGGAUCGUACAGAACAACCACAACAACGUCAGUGAUCGGCAACGCUCCAUUCGGCAGCAUGGUGCACGGGGCCGCCACAAGGACGAGCACGGGCCCCCAAGAAGAAGAGAGUGCCCCGGCGGAAGGCGAAGUCGUCUCGUCACAGACCAUUAGUUCGAAGACACGCACCGUUGAGACUAUCACUUACAAAACGGAACGUAACGGCGUGGUGGAAACGCGCGUGGAACAGAAGAUCACGAUCCAGUCGGACGGCGACCCCAUCGACCACGACCGCGCGCUCGCCGAAGCUAUUCAGGAAGCCACAGCGAUGAACCCUGACAUGACUGUAGAGAAGAUCGAAAUCCAACAACAGAGCACACAACCGUAACCCCUCAACACUUCGACCGGCCGCCAUCUUGAAGCGACGCCAUCUUGUGCGCCGUAAUAAAAUGGCCGCCGUAACUCGAACGCUCUCACCCAUUUUUGCAACCAAGAAACGAUGGCGGCUCCACUGCGCUACUUGUAUGUAUAAACAAUUUGAAUACAUACAUAGGACUUAGCUGUAAGUUAAAUCACUGCGAAUAAUAAUUAUUAAGUUAUUUAAUUAUUGAUUAAACAUUUAUAUUGGAUGUUGUGACGUCAAAACGCACUUUACUAUAAAUUUAUUACGAGUUAAGUACGCAGUUAAUGUAAAAAUAUAAAGUAAGACGAGCAUUUGCAAUUUUUUUAUGGCUUAGGCUAAGGCAGUUCAGAUUCCGGCUUUUAGCAAUCGACGUUGCCAUAGUAUAAAGUGUUCGUGUUAAAUCCAUUGCGAAGUUUUCGAUAUGAUAGCUUUAAAAAUGUCACACGAGGUAAACCACCGUUUUAGAUUAAAAAAAUAUGCUCCCUCUCUAUAUUUUAUCGUGUAACCACUACAGUGUAAUAUGGGACUAAUAAAAAAAAUAUAUAUUCGUUGCUUGGUGUUGAAUUUUAUAUUUAUUUGAUGUUUAAUCUUCGAAUGUUAAAAAAUAUUGGUUGAUCGUGAAGAAUCACAUGUGUGUCUGUUAUAACAUAUUUUUAUAUAUCAAUAUAUAAAACGUUGUAACAAAAUUUAACACGAAAUUUAUUUCCGAACAAAUAAAUUUAUUAUUUAAAAUAUAACAUCAAGCAACAUGAGACUUGUUAUCAAAAUAUAAUAUAUGUCGUGUUGCUGCAGCCCCUACUCACCAUUAGGUGCUACUACUACUUAGGAAAUAAGAUUAUAUGUUAGUACCGAGCCCCUAAACUGACGUGGACCGAUACCUAUAAUUUUAAAGGACAAUUUGUAUUUUUUUUUCCAUAAUAUAACACAACAAUGCACAAAUUUUCAAUUUUUUAAAUAUUGACAACUUUUCGUUAUUUUAACUCCAUAAUUUUCAAUAAUUAAAACAGGAAUAGUUUACACGUUCAUUAAUUAAAGUCGAAAAUUCAAUUCAAAAUAACACAAAACUGCUCGUGUCACAAUUAAUAAUAUUUGUCUGUUUUAAAAUUUUAUAUUUAAAUUAUAACAUCGUUAUUCCCAGCGUGCCUUUACUAGUUAUCGGGCGGAAAAAUCUAUGCCUAUUAUAUAUGAUAUGGGAAAAUUGAGCAACAAUGUUAUAUUUCCACAUUGACAUUACACGUCACACUUGUCGCCAAUUCGUAUUUUCAGCUUGAUCGGUGUUAGGUAACGGCCAGUCAGUAUUUCAUUAUUACACAUUCACGGGCACUGAGCUGUUAUACGAAUAACACAUGACGAACAAACACAUCACAAUAUUUAUUUUUUCGAUUGAAUGCCCAUAUUUAAAAUAAUAUUUUUGGUCAAGAGUACAUUUUAUGAUGCGUGGCAAUAUAAUUUUCUUGAUUAUGACAACGUCAAUCAGACUGAACGCGACACUCAAAUUCUCAAUAUUUGUUUUAUAGUACGUUCUUUUUUUUUUUACAAAUAAUAUAUGAAUAUGAUUCUCAAUAUGAUGUUGUAUGUUAUUCGUGUCUCGGUUGUUUGAAUAAUCAUUUAAAUCACCAUUUUUGUAUCUAAAACAGGACAUUCCAGUUUUGAAAGAAGCUAGACAUCUAGCUUUUAAUAGCAAUGACACUAAGUGUUUUUUUUUAUUAUUUCGAUGUAAGGUUGUUUCUGUAUGUAAUAUUAAAUUAUCGUUUUGACUUAACGGGCGACACUUUUAUAUUAUAAUAGUUAACAAUAAAAUAGUCUUUUAUUGUUUAAUAUAGACAAGCUAGAUCGAGACAUGACAAAUUGUGGAUAUUUUAAUCUAAAUUUUAAUGAUUAAAUAAAAUCUCUAAUACAAUAUUUCUUCCAGUAGUAUCAAAAUGGUGUUUCGAAAAGUCAAAACGUUAGUUUAUAAAUUGAAAUGAUACUGAUAUUGUACAAUUAUUAUUAAUAUAUUUCUUACACAUAGAAUUAAAGUUUUUUAAUGAUAAGUUUUAUUAUGAAGUUAUCGACCCUGAUUGUAAAUCAGAUUUUAAAUGUAAACGUUCUUUCAUUAUUUCUUUUUUUAUGUGGCGAUCAUCUACAAUAUAUAAAUGGUUAGGCAUUAAUUCAUAUGCCGUAUAACAGGAAAAAAAUCUUUGAAUUACCAAAAGGCUUUUUUUGGGUGAAUUUGAUGUUUUGUGCCUAAAUCUAUUAUUGGUCUCUAAUUUUUUCUUUUCUGUUUCUCUUAAUUUAAUAUUCGUGAAUAUAGACUAUGGCAUGUUCUAGAAUUAUCUGUAGGGUACAGCUGAAAAGAAAAUAACUUAUACUCAAAAUAGAGCGACAUAUACAAUUUUAUAGAAUUACGUGGUUGUUGUAACCACAUAAUAUAUAUUUGCGUUAUUAUAUAUAUAUAAUAAUGCUGUGUUCGGCUGUACAGAUCAGGUCUCCGUUGUUUCGUCCUUAUAUUUAUUGAAGAUGUUUAUUUUUUUUUAAUAUUCGCCCGACCUCGAUUAUUUGUAUUAAUAAGAGGAAGUUAUCAAAUAGAAAUUACAAUAAAAUGCUUUGUUUUAA